AUUAGUUUGAAACCGAUCCGGCCCGAGUGUUACUUAAUGAGACUGCAACCCUCUAUUAUCCAUCAUUCUCUUUCGAGCUUCCCCUACUUCCAUAACUAAUACCACCAUUGGAUGAGAGAGAGGGGGGGAGAGAGGAGAGAGAGAGAGGGGAAGUAUAUCCCUUCAAUUCUGCAUAUCAUCAGCUAGUGUUGUUUGAAUUUGACAUCACAGCAAAAGGUAUCUUUUAACUCUUCUUUUUCUCUAGUAAUAUCAUCGAUCAGAUCAUUUUCUCCUAGCUAGCUUGUGGACUGAAUCCCACCAAGAGAAGACAUCAAAAAUAAAAAUAAAAAAAAGUUCGUCGUUGCUGUCGUUCGACAAGAAAAGAUGACUGAGGAAGUAAUCUCAAUCGGAUCCACCGCGAAUCCUGUCAGUGGAUCAAAUCCUCCACCUGCCAAGAAGAAGAGAAACCUUCCAGGCACCCCAGAUCCUGAAGCAGAAGUGAUAGCCUUGUCGCCCCAAACCCUGAUGGCCACCAACAGAUUCUUGUGUGAAAUAUGUGGAAAGGGUUUCCAGAGGGACCAGAAUCUGCAGCUGCACAGAAGGGGGCACAACCUGCCUUGGAAGCUGAAGCAAAGGAGCAGCAAGGAAGUGAGGAAACGCGUCUACGUCUGCCCGGAGAAGACGUGCGUCCACCACCACCCAUCCAGGGCUCUUGGUGACCUGACAGGCAUCAAGAAGCACUUCUGUCGAAAGCAUGGGGAGAAGAAGUGGAAAUGCGAUAAGUGCUCGAAACGCUACGCCGUGCAGUCGGAUUGGAAGGCCCACUCCAAGACUUGUGGCACUAGGGAGUAUAAGUGUGACUGUGGGACUAUCUUUUCAAGGAGAGAUAGCUUCAUCACGCAUCGGGCAUUCUGCGAUGCCUUAGCAGAAGAGACGGCGCGAGUUACAGCCGCAUCUCACAUGAACAACCAUGCAGCAAGCAUCAAUUAUCAUUUCAUCGGAUCAUCACUAGGGCAACCAGCAGCCGUAGGGCAGCAUUUCUCUUCGAUUUUCAAACCAAUCUUGAGCAAUACGGAUCAAAAUAUCGAUCCGAUCCCAAUGGGCCGUGGCCUGUCCCUAUGGAACAUGGGUCCGGGCCCUGUCCACGAUUCCAUAGCCAAGAAUCUCCAGGAUAUGCAGCCAAUGGGGGUUACUGUGAGCUCCGGAGCAGUGAACAACUUCACUCAUCAUGUUCAUUCACUUAUCAACAAUCCCUGCUCGAACCCUCUACCAUCUACCUAUAACCAGAUGAAUUGGGACUUUGGAAACAAGAUCUCCUCCAAUGGGGAUGAUCAUCAUGACCUAACGAACAAUCCUCUCCCUGUGAAAGAAGUGAGCGUUCCAUCUUUGUUCAGCACUCAAAACCAAAGUCACCAACCCACUACUGCAACGAUUUCGGCAACGGCUUUAUUGCAGAAAGCUGCCGAAAUAGGAGCAACCACGAACGACCCUUCAUUCCUAGGGAACUUUGGGCUAAAGGGCAGUGACAACAUUUCUGUUCAAGAUGGAAACAAGCUGUGCGGGCUGUACGGUACAAGCUCGGCCACUAGUGGCCUUGGGAGUGAUGUAGAGAGCUCAGUCAAUGACCUCUCCGCCCUGAAUCAGAUGGAAAUGUACUCUUCCAAGAGACGGCGUGUGGCGAACGGUCACGAGAUCACCGGCGGAGAAACAAGGGAUUUCCUUGGGGUCGGGGUACAGUCCAUCUGCCAUCCAUCUUCAAUCAAUGGAUGGAUAUGAUUGAAGGGAGUUUGAAAUAAUUUGUGAUGGAUUUUCAUGUUAACAAUCUGUAUCAAGUAAGCUAAUUAUCAAACGUGGAAAUAAAGUUGGAGUAAUUAAAGAAAA